AUGAAUAAUUUUGUGAGAUUGAACCAAGAGAUAAAGGGCGGUGCGUGGUGUCCGAAAGCGCAGAUCACCACGGAAUCCACGGAGUGGCUGGAGGUGGACCUGCGCACGGUGCACGUGAUCACAGCUGUCGGCACACAGGGCCGGUUCGGCAACAGCCAGGGCCGCGAGUUCGCCGAGGCGUACGUGCUCGAGUACUGGCGGCCGAAACUAGCCAAGUGGGUGCGAUAUCGCACCGCCGAUGGACAGGAGAUCCUGUCUGGCAACACGAAUACGUACUUAGAGAAGAAGAAUCACCUGGAGCCGCCUAUUUGGGCGUCGCGCGUUCGCUACAUACCGUACAGCGCGCACCGGCGCACUGUCUGCAUGCGCGUUGAGGUCUACGGGUGCCCUUGGACUGGUCAGUCUUAUCAUAAUCAUGAGCCUUAUUGAUGUCUUCACUGCUGAGCGACAGCGGCAUUACAGCAUAACUGAAGCCCAGAUUGAUCUGUCAGGUUUAGAGUAGAUCCGCUAUAGAGCCACAGGCCUUCGCUGUUGACAUACAUAGGGAGAACGGGCUAUAAGUACUCAAGGAGUCCAGAGCGAGACUAUUGGGUAUUAACGACUACAGCAUUACUGAUGGAGCCUAAGCCGAAAAGUGUUAUUGGUCUUUGUAGAUAGUCCAUAGUGUAUGACCACUGA